ACCCGGACCUCAGCCUCCUCCGUCCCUCGCUGGCCCAGGGACUGCAGCGAGGUGGCCACCGCCUUCGCCUACCUGCUGACCGACCUGUGGCUGGAGGAUGCCGACUGCGUGUCCCCCGAACAGUUCCGGGCCGCGUUCGGCCGCCUGCACCCCGCCUUCACGAGCAGGGCGCCGCAGGAUGCGCAGGAGUUCCUCAUCUACGCGCUCGACGCGCUGCACCAGGCGCUGAGGAAGUACCAUCGAAGAAGGUCACAUGAGAAAAAACCUACCCCAAGGUGUCACAGGAAGGCGACUGCCGGUGAGACGUCCAUCAUCACCUGGCUCUUUGAAGGGGAGCUCAGCUACAGCAUCGUGUGUUUGAAGUGUGAGAACUGCACCUACAAGAAUGAAGUCUUCACCGUCCUCUCCCUCCCCAUCCCAUCCGAGUAUGAGUGCACUCUUCAGGACUGUCUCCAGUGCUUUUUCCAACAAGACACACUGACCUGCAACAACCAAAUCCAUUGCUCCCUUUGUGAAGCCAAGCAGGAAACAGCUGUGAGGGCCAGUAUUUCCAAAGCACCAAAAAUAAUUAUUUUUCACUUAAAAAGGUUUGACGUCCAGGGCCAGAUGAAGAGGAAGCUGAGGACCGACAUUCACUACCCGCUGACCAACCUGGACCUCACGCCGUCCAUCUGCACCACCUUGCGGAAGCACCCGAAAUACAGCCUCUGGGCGGUGGUGAACCACUUUGGCGACCUGGAUGGCGGCCACUACACUGCUUUCUGCAGGAACUCAGCCACCCAGGCCUGGUACAGCUAUGACGACACGCAGGUCAGUGAGAUUGCAGACACUUCGGUUCAAACCACUACAGCCUAUCUGCUGUUCUACAGCUGUGAGCCCUUCUCUAAACCUGUACAGAAAUGCAAGAGCCAGGAAAAGGCUCCUUCCGGAAAAGUGCAAAACAAUUGAUCAGAAAGUGGUGGUGAGGCUUUGCUCCAUCAUUAAACUCUUCCAACUUA